CUCAACCUCAACCUCAACCUCACCCCCUCACCCCCUCACCCUCUCCUUCUCCUUCUCCCUCCCCCCCUGGCUUCGAAACAACUCAUAACACUUCUGUCCUACCACCAACUCUCACAACCCAACAGUAACCCCAGUGGUCAACACCCCCCCCCACGCCAAAAAAAAAAAGGAUCAAGCAACCCUCUUGAAUAUAAAUUAACUAAUUAACUAAAUAUCAUCACCCAAGCAAGCAAUGGGUAUCUGUUUCUCUUCCAACUCAAACCGCUAUCCCGUCGAUGGAAACACAAGCGCAAGUAGGGAUCGCUCAUACGCCAUCGAUAGACAGAUAGAAGAGGAUGCCAAGAAAUUCAAGAGGGAGUGUAAGAUCCUCCUACUCGGAUCUGGAGAGUCAGGAAAAUCAACGAUUGUCAAACAAAUGAAAAUCAUCCAUCAAAACGGAUACACUCGCGAAGAAUUGCUACUAUUCAAGCUGACGAUCUACAAGAACAUCAUCGACUCAGCGCAAGCCGUGGUAGUCGCGAUGAGGAAACUGAAACUAGAUCCGGUCGAGUCUGUCAACCAAUCCUACUCAGACAUGAUCCUCGACUACCGCCUCGAUUUCAACCAACACGGCGGGGGCCUGAAUCCGGAAAUCGUGCGGUCUAUCGAAUCGCUCUGGCAUGAUCCUAUCAUCCCUGCCGUACUCGACCGGGGAAGUGAAUUCUACCUGAUGGACUCGGCCGGAUACUUUUUUGAUCACGUACACCGGAUCGGUCAGAUGGACUAUAUCCCUAAUGAAGUAGACGUCCUGAUGGCCCGAACCAAAACCACUGGGAUCUCAGAAACCAAGUUCAAGUCCGGUCAACUUAGCAUUCACAUGUUCGACGUUGGAGGUCAGCGUUCGGAGCGGAAAAAAUGGAUCCAUUGUUUCGAGGCUGUGACCUCGAUUAUUUUCUGUGUGGCAUUGAGUGAAUAUGACCAAGUCCUACUGGAGGAGAGCGGGCAGAACCGCAUGGCAGAAUCGCUAGUCCUAUUUGAAUCCGUCAUCAAUUCGCGUUGGUUUCUACGGACAUCGAUAAUCUUAUUCUUGAAUAAGAUCGAUAUCUUCAAGGCCAAGUUACCCAAAGUACCGCUCGAACGAUACUUCCCAGAAUACACGGGCGGGAACGAUGUGAAUAAGGCAGCUAAAUAUAUCCUGUGGAGGUUUACUCAGUUGAACAGGGCGAGACUCAGUAUUUAUCCUCAUUUAACACAGGCUACGGACACAUCAAAUAUUAGAUUGGUCUUUGCAGCAGUCAAAGAAACAAUAUUGCAGAAUGCCCUACGGGAUAGUGGAAUUCUCUAACAAAAAAAACCCCCUCUCG